UACGGGUAUUCCACAGGAACUGUGUCUGAGAAAAAUAUAUAUGCUGAUAUCCGUGCCGUAUACGAAUACAUACAUCGAACUCGACCAAAUAAAAAGAUUGUCUUGCUUGGAUACAGCAUCGGCACUACAGCAGUGAUUGAUCUAGCGGCUUCGCAUCCGGAAGGUGUUAGUGGGCGUUGUUCUGGUAGCACCGUUCACGAGCGGCUUGCGAUUGCUGGGCAAUCACCCGAGAAAAGAGAAAACACCCCCUUCACUGUCCGUACUUCGAGUGGUCAUCAUUUGAUUGCUGUGAGAUGUCCUCCAAGUCGCCCAUCCUAUUCAUUACGUAUGAGGAAACAAGUUGUAAUCUUCACGCAGCCAAACUCGUCAGAUCUCGGAAGUUUCCUACAACCACGAUAUGUAAAUCUGCCGCAGUUUGCCGAAAUAUUUGAGAUGGACGUCUACGGUUUUGAUUAUUCGGGCAAAGCCGAUCCCAUUUAUUCGAAGACAAAGGGUAAUGCAUGGCUAAGUUACGGCGGAGGAGUGCGCCUUGCCACGGCAGGGCGCUUGCUAGUGUCAGGCCACCUGUGCGGUUUGUGUUGCUAUAUUGGAUGUCCACCCAUCCCGGAAAGCAUUGCUCGAAAAUUGGCAUUUCACCCACCGAAGAAAGGCGUGUCGUAUACUGUACAUCUCACAGCGAAUCCUGACAAGACAAUCAAAGGAGCUGAUGAGUUGGAAGGUCGGGAUUUUAUCAUCACUCCCACGCCUUUGGAACUAACUACGGUAUUUGACUACGAGAGGUUGCUGACCAGGAUUAAGGAGCAUUUCCUGCUGUACCGUACAGCGCAAGACAAAUGUCUCCUCCGACUACAUCCAAAGAAUGCGCCGCGCACCCCGAUUCCAUCCAAGAAUCCAAAUACCAGCGUGCUGAAGCCAAAUAAGUACCAGCACCCAGCUGGAGUG